CCUGCCAUCUGAAAAUUCUCAACUCGUUCAAGAGGAAGGGAGAGACGGAGAGAGCUGGUGGAAAUUCUAGAGAUCUUGUAGAUCAGCCAAGAGGAGGUGCAUAGAGGGUUUAGGCGAAGAAGCACAGAGAAUUCGAGAGAGAGAGAGAGAGAGAGGAGAGAGAGAUGUUGCCCACAACGUCGAGAGGGCGGUCGUCGUCCUCUGCAUCUCGGACGAACCCCAUGUUCAUUCAGUACCUUCGGCGAAUAAUCAAGUGGCAACAAAUGGAUAUUGAAUAUACAUUUUGGCAAAUGCUUCACCUAUGCAGCUCACCGAAAGUUGUCUAUCAGCACACUAAGUAUCACAAGCAAACUAAGAAUCAAUGGGCACGUGACGACCCUGCUUUUGUUGUAAUCUGCAGCCUUCUACUUGCUGUUGCAACUCUGGCAUAUUGUGCGGCGUACGACCAUAGUGCUGCACAUGCUGUUUUUGUAGUUAUUUCUGUUUUGCUUUUUCAUUUUUUGUUCCUCGGGAUGCUUCUGGCUACAUUUUGUUGGUUUUUAACUAAUUCUUACCUUCGUGAAGAGGCUCCGAAUAGCCAUGUUGUUGAGCAGCGUGUUGAAUGGCUGUACGCAUUUGAUGUGCACUGCAACUCUUUCUUCCCGAUGUUUGUUCUGCUUUAUGUGAUCCAUUAUUUUCUAUCACCAAUUUUGGUAGCUCAUGGCUUCAUUCCAGUAUUGCUAUCAAAUUUGAUAUUCAUGGUGGCCACUUCAUACUAUCAUUAUCUCAACUUCUUAGGUUAUGAUGUACUGCCCUUUCUGGAGAGGACCACUUUCUUCCUAUAUCCAAUCAGUGUUGUCAUUGUCCUCUCUCCGAUCUUGAUUUUGAGUGGCUUCAAUCCUUCAAGAUAUUUUAUGAACAUGUACUUUAGUCAACGAGUAUGGAUUUAAUUGAGGCAAACAUUUAAGACAGCACAUAUGUUAAGCAUGGGGUACUAAUUCAGAGGCCACAACUCGAGAAGUCAUUGGCGGAUUCUUGAUUGCUUAUAUAUGAUAUGAUUAUCAGCAGCAGGUCACAUAGGAAAAAGCUUGUGUGGCUUCCUUUGUAGGCAUUUUACCACUGUGAAUGGAAAUCGGAACCAACAAAGAUAGGGCAUCAAGUGUGUUUUUAGAGAUUUUAGGUUAUGAAUAUUGAUCCAGAGAUGUAUCGAACGCUACGAUUUGUCUGCAUGUCAAAUCUAUGCCUUGCAUUUACAUAAAUUUUUGAAAAAUUUCAGUCGACAUCUAUUGCAGGUACUGUACCAGUUGUACCAACAUAUGCAUUGGAGUCAAUUGAAUCGUUCCGAUUCAGUGUACGUGUUCGGUUGGUAAUCUUUCCUUUCGUCAUGCCGAGUGUUGUAUUUUACAUGUAUGAUGGAUUAGCAACUAGAGAGAGUUGAAACCAAUUGUGGCAGGCUCGGUAAAUAUUUUCAACAUUUGUUCAAGAUUUAGCUCUCUGCUAACAUUGAGUAUGUUAUUGCUUUUCAUUGGAAAUUACCAUUUAAGCCGUUUGUUCCUUUA